AGCGUGAUGCAUUGUGAGGAAUAUAUGAAGAAGUAGUCCGAGGUUUAUUUGUUUUUCAGUCGGCAGCGGAUGCAUUGAGUCGGGGGAGGGGGUGAGCUGUUCAAGAUGGCGGCGCCCUGUGGAAUGCGGGGUCUCUGAGAGUGCUGCCCUGCUAGUCAGCAGUUUGGUGUUGAAAAGGGUGAAACUGGGGAGGCGAUACAGCGUCAAGUGUACACAGCAUGACACAGCCGGUGAAUAUUAGUGACCUGGUUCAGCUGCUAGAAUCCACAAACCUUCAAAUCUUUGAGGACGUGAAAGGACUUAUUGUGGACCACCUUCGGUCAGAUCGUGGCUCCUUGCUGCUGAACCCAUUAGUGGAUCAUUACUUGGAAAAUAAUUCUCUGGCAGCUGUGCAGAUCCUUUCAGCUGUACAGGAGCCUCAUGAUAAGCAUCUUUUGGAUCGACUAAACGAGUGUAUGGGAAAGGCAGCGACCCGUCUACCUGCUGUGACCUUAUUGGGUCACGUCAUCCGACGUGAGCCCACUUGGAUUCAUAAACUCUUCCGUGCUCCUGUGCUGGUUUCACUUCUCAAGUGUCUGAAGAUGGAGACGGACAUUGUAUUCCUUACUACUGGAGUUCUUGUAUUAAUCAUCCUCCUGCCAAUGAUUCCUCAAGCUGGGAAACAGUAUCUUCUUGAUUUCUUUGAAAUCUUUGGCCGCUUGGCUGCCUGGAAUCUGAGAAACCCAGGUCAAAUAUCAGAAGUGUAUCUGAUCCAUCUACAUGCUAGUGUUUAUGCAUUGUUUCACCGUCUCUAUGGGAUGUACCCUUGUAACUUUGUGUCCUACCUCCGCUCCCACUACAGUAUGAAGGAAAACAUAGAGAUUUUUGAAGAGGUGGUAAAGCCGAUGCUGGAACAUGUGCGAAUCCACCCUGAGUUAGUGACUGGAACCAAGGAUUAUGAACUGGAUCCAAUUAAAUGGAAGAGAUUUGAAACUCAUGACAUUGUUAUUGAGUGUGCCAAAGUUUCCCUGGACCCAAAAGAGGCAUCCUGUGAGGAAGGUUACACAGUCUUGCCUCAACAUUUCUCUACACAUAGCCAACACAGGCACACUGACCACAGCUCCAGCCCAUUCUCAGAUUCUCAGUGCAGUUUUGGCAGUGUUUCUUCAACUUGCACUCCCAGAGUCCCAAUCUCCAGUCACCCAGGAUCUCAGUCUAUGUACAAAACACCAACUUCACAACACCAGCCUGCAGAAGCGCUGCAGGAUGUGCUCUGGAGCCCGUCUUUGGCAUGUGGGCUGUCUACACCCCCUUCCUCCAGAGGACUUUCUCCAACAAGCCUUCAUGAAACAUCUCAGAGUGCCUCCUGUCUAUAUGCUAAAGGCCACAGUACACCUGUAGGUGGAAAAGGGCAAUCUACUGACGCAUCAGCCUCAUCCCCUUCCGUGCCAUGUCCUGCAGAUGGGUCUGAACAAAGCAGCAAGUUGGCAACACCCGUUCCAUCAAGAAAGGAUGGUAAACAUGAAAAUGUAAAGCCAUUAAAAAGACAGCAGCAUGUGACAAGUGAUAAGGGAGCAGCUGACAGUCCAAGUUUGGAAAGUGAGAUUGCCAAAACAGUAUCUUUGAAAGAGCUAUCAGAGGUUAUAGAAGAAUUACAAGAGGGUGAAACAGAAAAGGAAAAUGAAGAAGCUGCUAUUGCCGAUGAGCUUACUGAAAUUACAUCUUUGGAUCUACAGUCCCUGGUUAUUCGGGGGGGAUUUGACUCUCCUUUUCAACACACAACUGAAAUGCUUACUGGCCCUCAGACAAAACGUGAACAAGAAUCGUCCUGUUCUGCCACCGAGCAAGGAUUGCACACUGAGCCCCACCAAGUGCCAUCAACAAUAAGUAAAACACCAGAGCCUCGCAGGCAAGAGCAGUGCUCUGUCAAAAAAGGGUUUACGCCCAUUGAGAAGCCAUGUGAGAACUAUCCUGCUAACAUUAAGGAGGAGGUGGACAAAGCUGUAUCAACACCUGUUACACCCAGUACCUUGUUUAAGGUCCAAGCAUUGAGACAUUCUCCCCUUAGUACUGGGCACCCACUCCCUUAUGAACACCUUUUUGAAUUGGCAUUGCCCAAAGCAGCAAUUCUUUUCAUCAAACAAAAAAACACCGAGCUGGAAAAGCUGGCGGGCAAGCAAUUGGAGGAUCCAUCUUCAUUGAUCUCACCUCUUGAUGUGUUGGAUAAGCUGAUUCAGCAAGGAGGAGAUGCACACUUGAAGGAGCUUAGCAGAGUUUACCCUGUGCAUCCUGAUCCCCACAAUCAAAAAAAAAUGGUCAGAUUGCCAUUGCCCAGCAAAUCUGCAGACUGGACUCACUUUGGAGGUUCUGCCCCCAUGGAUGAGCUACACACUCUUAGGAACCAACUUGUUCUACUGCACAACCAGCUGCUUUAUGAGCGCUAUAAACGAGAACAACAUGCCGUUCGGAACAGGCGUUUGCUGCGCAAAAUUCUCAAGGCAACUGCAUUGGAGGAACAAAACUUGGCUAUGAAGGACCAGCUGAAACUCCAAGAAUUGGAUAUCGGAUCUCUCAAGCACAGUUUAGUUGUUGAGCAGGAUAAGUAUCAGCAGCUGAAAAAAGAGAAAGAUUCUAUCACCGGACAUCUCAACAGCCAGAUUGCAGAGCUCCAAAAGGGUCAUGAUGAUUAUCGUGCCAGCUGCCAGGAGCUACAGAAUAAGCUACAAGAUUGUCAGAAGACAAUAGGAGAACUGAAGUUGGAGCUACAGAAGGCCAAUAACAAAGCAUGUAAUACAGAAUAUCUGCUGAACCAGAUGACUGAAAAGUUCACCAGUACCCAGUCUGUGCAGCAGCAAAUGGAAUGGUUGAAUAAACAGCUUCUGCUUCUGAGCGAAGUGAAUGAACUGCACAUGGAGAAGUUGCUACACUCACAGAUGGGCCCCGCUAAGGCAGCAGAGGCAGAGAUGGUUCAGGCAACUUUAAUUCGAGAGAAGGAGAAAAUGAGAAACCGUAUCCAGCAGUACAUACAGCGGAUGGAGGCAUCGCAGCGGCGUAUAAUGGAACUUGAGAGCCAACUCAAUAAGAAAGAGCAUCUCCUAGUCGAACAAAAAAAAUACCUGGAGAACGUGAAAAAUAUGGCUAGUGGAGAGCUGCAAGCAGCAGAAAGCCGAUACGAAGCUCAAAAACGGAUAAUACAAACUCUACAGACUGAAAUAUUGGAACUUUACAGCAAGUUGGAGCGGACAGAACCUCCAAAGAAGAUAUCUGCAGCAGAAAGUAGUGUUCAGUCUGCAGAGGAAAAGUCUGAAAACAUUAUUUCUGAAUCAGUUGAUAAGACCAUGGAUGCGGAGAACAAAGGCGAACAAGCCAAGCCACCAGGGGCCCCCAGCACAUCGUCUGAUCAAUAUCCCGAAAGCAAAGCAGAGCCACCUCCAAUGAUGACUGAGAUGAUGGACCAAAGCCAGCGUGCCCCAAGUAUGAUCUUUCUGGAGCAGCCCACAACACCUGUCACGGUUGGCUCCUAUCCCAGUUCCAAGAGUUUCCUUGGGAUGCGUGCCCGUGAGCUGUUCAGGAACAAGAGUGAAAGCCAAUGUGACAAUGAGCGGCCGAAGAUGGAUAGCCUUUUGGACUCCCUCAAAACUGACUGUGACAUAGAGCUGGGCAGUUCUUUGGGCCCCUUGAAACUGCAGGUGCCUGUUCAAGUUUCCAGUUCUGAAAGUGUCAGGCAGCUCAGCAUAAUGGACUAUGACGAAGCACAUCAUGACCAGAAUUAAUUGUUUGGGGGUAGGGGUGGGAGAAAAUAGGUGGAAUGGAAAGAAACUUAGUCAGUAUUAUUCUGAGCAGUUAGUGCCUGCUUUGCUUUGUAAGCAUGUCAUAAGUUUAAAACAAGGUACAAUCCAGUAAAGGGCACAUGUUCUCCCUUCAAUGGAAUGUUUAUAUAUUUAAGAGGAAAAAGGCAUCAAAUUCCUGUGUAACUGUGAACAAAUGUUGUCUUUAAUGUUUUGCACUACAUUAUGUUGUACAUAUGUCUGUAUACGAUGGCCACCCAGUUAUGAUGGAACAUCUGAUUGGAAUCUUUUAUACUCCCUCCCUUUCAAAUGCUUGCUGCUGACCCAAUCGGACUGCUCCUCUUCAGUUGGGAUGGAAAGUGUGACCUUAAACAUCCAUCGUACAAGCAGACUAACCAUCUUGCGGUGUUCAAAGGAAAGGCUGGACCAACUCCCCGCAGGACCUAUCAGACUGUGUACUUUAAAUAAUGAAAUAUUGCUGUGAUUUUAUUUUUAACCGCCCCCUCCACCAUUUAUUCUAGUGCUGCAGUUGCUGUUUCCCAUACUGCAAUGAUUUAGAAUCUUGAAAUUGCUCACCACUUGAAAUCAAGCCAGAGGCUGGGAACAGAACUGCUUGUUGUGAAUCUAAGCUAGAGACCUUGACUCGCCAUUUGAAGUGUAGUUGGUUUUGUUCACGGUAUCUUGCCAGAUUCAUGUCUCUUUGGAGGUGGGGGCAAAGGUUUGGUUUGACUGCUCAGAGACAGUAUUUUUUGGGAUUCACAGUCGAGUUGACAAUAUUGCGCAGUGAUUUAAUAAAGGGCUACCCUCCAUACUUGCAAUUCUGCUGCAGUAAGUUUAUCUCCUGACUCAUGGUUACUUCAUGUUGACAGAAAUAUCACUAUCUUCUCUGCAAAUAUAAGCCUUAAUGCAGCAUCAACUGCAGAAACUAUUGUUAAAUAAAAUCAUAUUGAAAAUAAAGGAAGCCUGUAAAACGUAAUGUAUAAGCUAUGGCUGUCCUAAAGAAACAAUAAAUCAAAGUUAUAAUGGAAAGCACAAGAUGCAGAAUCAGGGAAAGCCCUUCAACUUUUAUUUGUAUCUUCUGAUCUACAGAUACACUUUAACUGAUCCUUGAUCUUGUUUCUCUUUCUACAGAGGGAAAAUUGUUUUUAUUCAACAAUUGUGCAGCUCAAGUAAUUCCAAUGCUUUUAUUCUCUGUAAUGAAAUUUAUCAGUUCAUCUAAGUGGUCUGUUAUAACAAAUCACACUCAAUCUUAGAUUCCUGGUGAACCAAUACAUUCAAUUGUGUAUUUUCACUUCUAAAUAUUGAGUACAAGCCAGUGGCCUCAAGAUAGCUUUUGAUUGUGAUAUCAGACAGCAUAAAGUUAUUAGACUAUCUCAGAAGAAUUUGUAUCCUUCAGAAAUGAAUGCUAGUGGUUCAGCAGGAAACAUUGAAUGGGCACUUUUUGCACCAAAGACUUGCCCAAACAUGUCUUGCUCAACUAGUCCAGUCUACUUGCAAUAAGGUAUUACCUAAUUACUUGUUUCACCUACAAUGAUUACUGUUCUCGUUAUGAAUCAGCACCAAAACAAUAAG